ACCAGUCAACCUAACCCAUUGGCACCGGAACAGAGGAACCUUGAGAGGGGACUAGGAUGUGUAUCAACUAUCAAGACAAAGCUAAUGGAGUUCACACAUGCUGGUUGUAAGAAGAAGAUUCCUGACCACCUAUUCAUGUGCUCUGAACUUUACAUCGCAGCAUAUGACGGGCAAACAGAUGAGGUCGUCAGGCUCUUAGGAGAAAGCAGUGGCGUUGCCGUCGAGUCACCGACUAUCCGGGCAACUCCGGCCGCGCAAGCAGCUGCCAAUCAACAUGCAGCCUGCAACAUUCAUGAGGUGACUGCAGAGCGGAGCACGCUCCUCCACGUCGCCGCGGCACAAGGGCACUGCGAUCUGAUCGCCGAGCUGUGCCGCCGGGACAGCAACCUCCUCUCCGCGGCGAACUCGACGGGGGACACGCCGCUGCACUGCGUGGCGAGGGCGGGGCACACCGGAGCGAUCCUGGCGAUCGCACGGUUCGCUCGGGACAGCGUGGAGGAGGACAGGCUGAGGGAGAUCCUGCGUGGCAAGAACUCGGCGGGGGACACGGCGCUGCACCUCGCCGCGAGGCACGGCCAUGGCGAAGCGGCUUCGGAGCUGGUCGCGAUAGCCCCCGCCAUGGCUUCGGAGCUGAAUGGCUCUGGGAUGUCGCCGCUCUACCUGGCGGUGAUGAGCAGGUCAGUGGCUGCUGUUAGAGCGGUGCUGUCAUGUGGGGAUGCAUCGGCAGCAGGCCCUGACUCACAGAACGCGUUGCACGCCGCCGUGCUGCAAAAUCCAGAAAUGGUUUCUUUGCUAUUGCAAUGGCGAGAAGAGCUUGCAACCCAACUUGACAGCAGCCAGAGCACCCCACUCCAUUAUGCCUCAUCUGACGGAGAUUGUUCUGUCAUCCAAGAAAUCCUCAAACACACUCCACCCAGUGCUACACAGUUACAGGAUAGUGACGGCCUCUCCGCCUUGCAUGUGGCAGCGUUGAUGGGUCAUACAACUGCAGUACGCUUGUUGCUGAAGUUCUCCCCAGCUUCCGCAGACAUUCGUGACAACCAUGGAAGAACCUUUUUGCAUGUUGCAGCUAUGCGAGGCCAUGUUUCGGUUAUCUCAUAUGCUAUAAAAAACAGGAUGCUUAUGCAUAUUUUGAAUGAACAAGACAACGAGGGGAAUACACCACUUCACUUAGCUGUUAUUGCAGGGGAAUAUAAAGUUAUAUCUAAGCUGUUAUAUAGUGGAAAGGUACAGAACCACAUCAUGAACUAUGCAGGGCACACUCCAUAUGACCUGGCAGAAAAGUCCACAGGUUUCUACACAAUGGUAAGGAUAAUUUUGAAACUAUAUGUAUCUGGAGCGCAAUUCCGACCACAAAGGCAAGACCAUAUAGUGAAAUGGAACGGUCAGGACAUCAUAAAAUGGCAAGCGACUACAUCAAAGUAUCUUGCAAUUGUUUCUACUCUUGUGGCGACAAUCGCCUUCUCGGCUACAUUCAACAUGCCUGGAUCAUAUGGAUCAGAUGGAAAGGCAAAUCUGAAUGGUGACCGUUUGUACCACGCCUUCGUGGUGCUAGACACUGUUGCAGUCACCACUUCUGUAGUUGCAACAAUACUUUUGUUGUAUGGAAGGAUUGCACAGUCGCAUCGCUCAUGGCCAAGCUUUAUAAUCGCAAUGCACUCACUUUGGCUCUCACUGAUUUGUAUGUUGCUAGCCUUCUUCAUAAGUAUAAUUGCAGUGAUGGACAAGAAUAAUUCUAUAAGGAUUGCACCAACACGUGUUAUGUAUCACGGAUUGUACAUCUUGAUGAUGAUGCUAACAAAGGCUACAAUGCCUGGAUCAGUUAAAGGCAUUCUAAUGUUUCUGAUAGGGGGACGCUUGGAACAAGAACGCCGCGCGAAGAGACGCAUCAGGCGGCAAUAUCCGCUAAUCGUUGUUUACAUAUUCAACAUAAUUGUCUUUGCUGUGGUGACUAUUAUGGCACUCACUGCCAUUGAUGUCAUUGGAAACCUUCGGUAUUAA